AUGACAAAAAGGAUCAUUGCUCUGAAGCGACAACAGCGCCAAUACCUAAACAACUCUAGUCCAGAAGCCGGCAAAGACGAUUAUGCAAACAAGAUCGUUGCAGAGCGAGACAUCGAUCAAGUUGAUACCGCUCUUGUUGCGCAACUCUCGGGGCGGCCGGUAGCCUACGACGACUCUACGCCACCAGCCCCUGUGUCUUCGGCAGCACCACUUUCGUGGAACGCUCCCCAGCACUACACCGAGAAGGAUAUCGAAACCUUUGCUUCAAAAGACCAGUCCCGGAAACGAAAGAUGAUGCGGUCCGAUGGCCUUGGUGGGGGUCAGGGCCAGUCGCCUCCCGGGUUUGUCGGCAUGAUGCCCUCCACAGGACACAUCACAAUCCCCAAGGGCUUCAGUCCUCCACGCGAGGUGUCGCCGCAAAGCGACAAACAUGACGACGUCGACAUCGAAGCGAGUACUGCUGCUGCCAUGCGUGAAUGGGAGGCCAUCCGCCAAACAUUUGAAGUCUUCCGGGCCCAACUCGGUCCAGGUUUUGAACCGCUCGGCCCCGAAUUCGACACCCCCGUCAGCAGUCCGUUCGGUCCGGCUCUUAAAUACCGAACUUACAGCAUCGCCGGCAUUUGGAUGAACUAUUACAUGGGACUGAUAGUUUUGCAUCGCUGCUAUCCCACGAUGCCUCCUAUUGCUAUGGUCGCCGCAGGCAUGGCCGCACAGCAAACCGCCCCUUUCGCUAUCCAGAUCGGCCGCAUUGUGGCCGGUAUUGGUGGCGAGGACAUGGGUACCAUGUCCAGCGUCAGCACACUUCUCGGAUGCGUUUCUAUCGAAAGCUCAUUCCCGCUGUUUGUUGCCGCUGUUCAGUACCAAGAUACCGCCCAAAGGCAUUGGACGGUUAGGAGGAUGCACAAUGUUGCACGGUUGACGGGAUGGCAGUCUGCUCGGCAGAUUGCAAACGGCUGCGAGUCCGGCUGGGUCAAGGCCGCGAACUUGGGCCGUGGACCGCCCUACGAGUCUCCGCCAGAUCUGGAAGUAGCUCCACUGUCGAUCUGGAACCAGCCGAGACGGAUCAUCGACCGCGUUCGGGAACUCGAGGACGUGGAGGAGCGUUUGGUAUUGUCUUCCUCUGAACGUCCGCACUACGCUGUCGGUCUGCUCAGUGUGGAAACAGAUCUCGAAAGGUUGGAUCUUAGCGACCACGAGUAG